GUAAUUUGCUGUGUUGAAACGAGAUAUAGGCAGCGAAAACGAGAAAAUAAACAAACCUUUCUGGCAGCAACUCGUGAAAAUUUUGGCCAUGAGAACUUUGAGAUGGACAACUUAGAAGAAGAACGAAACCAUCAAUUAUUUAAGAUUAAAGAUGUCCGUGCACCCCGUGCUUUGAGAAUAGCUUACAGAAAUAAAAAGCGCAAUAUGUCAGCAACGUAUGGUCACGAUGAAAUGGGUAUAGGGUCUGGACCAGCCGGUCGAAUAAGGAGACUUCGCGAAGUUGUCACUGCCCUCGUUCGACAUGAACGAAUAGAAUCUACAAAUACUCGACUUCUUGAGACCCGUCCAUACAUGGAGAGGCUUAUUGCUGAUGCUAUAAAGUUUGGUGACAAACACAGAGCAACAAUGGAACUAGCUGAUUUUUGGCUCUUGGAAAAAGAUUUAGUGCAUAAAUUGUUCAAAGUGCUAGUUCCACGACUGGAACAUACAGAGAAGUCAUAUACCAUGAUGCACAACUUGCCAAAUAAAUAUCCAUCUGGACUAGGCCAGGCCAUAUUAGAACUUAGAGGUAACCCCUACCCUCCUGUAAUCACCAAAUUCAGGGAAACAAAGAACAAUUUAGUGAAUGUCCUUGUCGAAGAAGCCAAGAAAGACUAUCGCAGUCAGAGAGCCAAUGAACAGAAAAUGGCGACAUUUAAGGAUAUAGACACUGAUGUAUUAGAAGCAGAAGAAAAGACUUUAGUAGAUGAAACAAAAAACAUUGAUAAACAUAAGGAAGGAACCCCUGUAUAGUGUUAGACUGGAUGUGGAGUUGGCAUGAAUGAUUUUGGUUGAACUGUAAUCCAUUGACAAAAUGUCUAGAAUUGAGCUCAGUUGGUUGAAAAAAAACAUGAAAAAAUUAAUC